AUGCUGCGAGCAGAAAUUUAUAAUUUGCAGAAGCAACUGUCAGAUGUAAUUACAAAUUCCUCAAUUGUACCACAGACUUCCUCUACAGCCACAUCAUCUGCUCCGCAGACUACUUCUACGUCCACAUUAGUUGCACCGCAGACUAUUUCUACAGCCACAUCAUCUGCUUCACAGACUAUUUCUACGUCCACAUUAGCUGCACCGCAGACUACUUCUACGUCCACAUCUGCCGCACCACAGACUGCCUCUGCAUCUACAUUGAAAGGACCAUCUUCCACAAUAGAAAUAAAAAUCAAAAACAAGCUCAAUGGACACGGGCGGGAAGAGGCCGUGGCAUGCGUAGCCAUGGAGCGCGUGGUCGUGGAGCGCGUGGCCGUCAACAUGGCAACGUAUACAUCAGUUAUUAUUAAUUGA